GAGAGAGAACCGCGCCGGCGCUCCUCGCGCGGUGCCGUUCCGCGAGCUUCGCCCCGCUCGGAGCAGGACCGGCGUCCGUGGAUGACCGCCAAUGUUAGCGGUGGGGCAGAUGGAUGCUAACCGGCAGAGCGCGUUCGUGCUGGGCAGCACGCCGCUGGCCGCGCUGCACAACAUGGCCGAGAUGAAGAGCUCUCUGUUCCCCUACGCCCUGCAGAACCCCUCCGGCUUCAAGACGCCGGCCCUGGGCGGCCUCAACACGCAGCUGCCCCUGGGGACGCCGCACGGCAUCAGCGACAUCCUGGGGCGGCCUGUGGGCGCCGCCGGCAACCUGCUGGGCGGGCUGCCCCGCAUCAACGGCCUGGCCGCCUCGGCCGGGGUGUACUUCGGCCCCGCCGCCGUCUCCCGG